AUGGUGAUAGAUAACGACAGACAAUUUGACAAUCAUAGCUUUAAGGCUUUUUGUGCAAGUUAUCACAUCGACCAUAGAUUGACUUCGGUCGCUCACCUACAAUCGAACGGGCAAGCUGAAGUGAGCAACCGAGUCAUUCUCUGGGAUCUAAAGACCAGAUUGAAAAAGGAGAAGAGGCUUUGGGCAGAUGAGCUUCCCAAUGUGCUGUGGGCGUACCACCCAACUCCACGAGAGCCGACCGGGGAGACACCAUUCAAACUAACCUUCGGGAUGGAAGCCAUAGUCCCAGUUGAAAUUUUGAGUGAGACAGGCAGGAUGAAAGUCAGACAGCCCGAUGACACCACGACCAGAGGAGAACUCGACCUACUAGAAGAAGCAAGGGAGAAGGCGGCAAUAAAAAUGAUAGCCUAUAAAUGGGGAGCCGCCGAAUACUUCAAUCGGAGAGUGAAAUCAAGAAUCUUUCAACCAGGGGACCUCGUGUUAAAAGACGCGACAGCAGCAGGACACCCCCAACAAAACUCGGACCAAACGGGGAAGACCCAUAUGAAGUGA